AGUAAAUAGACGAACAAAUACAGAAUUACGGAGUAAAAUUAAAAGACGGGACUGAUUCAUUAACAAAAUAGAAAAAGGGUUGGGAAAAAGGCCAAAGAGGGGGUUGCGCUGUGGCGUGAAUCAAUGGCGGAAAAGGGAAAGGGAAAGGGAAAGGGAAUGGGAAUGGGGUGGUACGGACCUCUAAUAGACCUAUCGGCGGCAUCUUCUCACGUCGGCGAUUUUGUGCAACUUGUCGUAUUCGUACAUCACUCCACUCCCGUUCAGUACAAAUCACGAGGACCAGAAAUGGGUAGAGGACGAGGUGAAUUGAUUCGCUCAGACAUAUCGGUUGGGGACGAAACUCGACCCACAUUCAGCAUUACCCUUUGGAAUAACAAUCUCGCUUCUUCCAUCUCUGCUGGAGAUAUCCUUUUCUUCAGAAACGUCAAAGUAUGUUCAUAUGCUGGUAUGCUUCAAGCCACUUCUGUUGAAUAUUCUUCUAUUCUUUGUCUCAUCCAUCCUUUUCAUUCACUUCUCUCUCAAGGUGAGGAUGAUUUGCUCACUACUUGUCGCCUUGUUGGUACUGCUAAGGAUAAGCUUAGGAGGGUUAUACAAUGGGUGCAACGCACUAGAUCCACUCUUUCUUAUCAACAACCUAACUUCCACCAUACGACUCCAGCUCCUCGAAACUGGAAUGUGCACCAGGAGCAAAAACCCCGUCAAUGUUUCUUACUUUCACAAGUGUUGCACCUGUCUACUUCCUGUAAGGCCGUUUUUCAUGCAUCAAUUGGUGAAGUUUUUCUGCAUUCUCUGUGGCCUGAUGCUAACAAUGAAAGGCUCUUCAUCAGUAGUCGAUUGACUACUAAGUCUGACUUCAUAGUGGAAGAUAUGAUAUGUAUUGGCUGCCAUCUCUGUGGCUUCCCCUUGUGUUCUGACUCCACAACUGUGGGUAAACAAAGUCCAUUAUAUUGUGUUAAGAGCUCAAAUCGACUUCAUACUGUAGGCUUAAUAUAUAGGCCAUUUAUGCUAUACGUAUGGGAUGACUUAGAGUAUAUUCCACUUCAUGUUACAAAUAAAGCAGCUGAGUUCCUGUUUGGGAAUAUCAUUGCUGAAGAUGUGUACCAGUCAUACAAGGCCCAAAAGGAUGAUCAGUAUCUGAAAAAUCCUUUCAAGGCAUAUGUUAAUGAACAGAAUCACGGAAGAGUUGAGGCAAAAGGCAUUGGGUUAAGCUCAUCAGUCAGGGCUGUGGGAUUAGAGAUGAGGAAACAUAAUGAUGCUAAAAGUCCUAACUUCUAUCUAAUAUGGUUGAUUGUGCUAAGGAUGUUGCUGCUUAAAGGGAAAAAUUCCUCUUUGAAGUUUGAAGUUCUUGUUAAUCCUAGCUUGGAAAUAGAAGAUGGGAGAUUUGAAAUGAUAUCUGUUUCAAUGUCAUGUAAAUAGUCAUAUAUUUUUAAGUAUGAAAUUUGAUCAGGUGUAUAAUUUUCUUUUUGAGUACAAAUUUUUUUUUUUUUUUUUUUUUUGAAAGAAAUGAUUUGUACUCUGUAUCAAACCUUCAAUAUUAAUUAUUAAUCAUAGAAAAAUUGUGCUCCGUAAUAUUAGGAGUUUUAGGGUGUGUUUGGUAAAAAGCUUUUUAAAGAGCUUUUAGCUUAUUUUGUCCAAUUAGAUGUUUGACCCAUUAAAAAAGCUAAUUUAGGUGUUUGGUAUAUAGCUUAUUAAAAGAGCUUUUAGGGCUCAAAAAACUCUUUUAGAAAAAUCUCAUUAUAAGAGCUUUUUAAAAUUAGCUUAUUGUACAAUUAACUUUUUGUUUCUUAAAUACACUAAAACAGGUAACAAUUAACAGCUAUUUACCAAACAUUAUUAUACAAUCAGCUAAUCAUA